AUGGACUCCCAUCGAGCUCCUAUACCCCGCCCCAAAGCCACGGCACACACCAACAAUAACACCAACCAGGUCCUCUUCAUAGAUGCCCUCUUCCUCUUGAUCCUCUUCGACUGUUCAGGACACUACGACCACCUCGACGACCAACUCAGCUGUGUCGAGAUCGCAGAAGCCUUUGCCCACGUCCGCCAGAUAUUCGAAUAUAGCGACCCAGGAGAAUUCGACAAUGGCCACUCCGUCGCAUUUAUCCGCCAACACCGUCUCGACACUCCCGAGGGCAUGAUGAACUACCUCAUUUACCAUUCUCCUCAUACAUCAACCAACCCCCCACCAACCGGCCGCCAGCGAAAGUACUACUUCCCGUACAGCAUUGACCUCCACCUGGCCGACGACAAUACCUGCGGUGGAUUGGGGUACCUCGGCGACACGGAAGAGCACCACAUCCAUGUGCGACAGUUUACAGCCGCCGAGAGGAAGAUGUUCUUGCGGUUCUAUGCCAAAUCGAUCCCGAUGAGCUUCCAUAACGAUCUGGCGGUGCUGACACAGGAGCUGAGGCUGGAUGUUUGGUACCGGAUGAUACGGCCUAAGGAUGUGUGUUGUUUGCCGAAUGGGAUGGAGGCGGUGAAGAUGUUCACGAAGGAAUAUAAUGACUGCAAGCGGGUUGCAGCUGGGCGGAGGCUUGAGGACGAACCUAAUCAACUCUCACCCAUGGAUCAGCAAUUGAAAGCCUUGAAGAAUAAGUUGGGAGAUUACUUGGGGGAUGAGCUGGAAACUGCCAUGUGGAAUGGCUUCGUUAGCAAUCUGAGAGAUUUCAACAUUAUCACGAACGAAGAAGCGGAAACCUGGAAGCGGGGAGAUGACUGGGGGGAUGGCGUGAAUACUGCCCUGUGGAAUGGCCUGAUUAACAAUCUGAGAUAUUUCAAUGCUAUCACGGACGAAGAAGCGGACAUGUAUCGGCAGCAUCAGAGACAAGCGCAGGACACAGAAAACCUCGCCCAAAGGAAUAUCGCCAUCACAGAGUACAUGGACAAACUACGGGCGACCCAGGCCGCGACUCCUCGCAGGAAGAACGAGGUGCAAGCUAUUCGACAUGCUGUGGAGAGGAGGCUACGGGAACAUUACCGCGACUACGGUAUCGAGGUACAUCUUUUCGGCUCCUUUGCCUCGGGACUCUGCAGCAUGAGCAGUGAUGCCGACAUGACGGUGUACAAUAUCCGUAUGGCUUCACCCCACUGCCCGCCGAUUGUCGAACUGGCCGCCGUUCUUCAGCGCAUUAGCUACCAGCGCUUUAGCUACCAGCGCGUAACCUCCAUCCCCAAUGCCCGAGUUCCCAUCGCCUCCUGGAAGCUGCACGGGAUCCAAUGCGAUGCGAACCUGAACCAACCCAUGGGUGUUCACAACUCCAAACUCAUCUCGACAUACUCCAAAAUCGACGACCGGUUCAUGACUCUCUGGUUCUCCAUCAAGCAGAUCGGCAAGCAACACGGCAUUAUCUCAGCAAGUACAGGAUUCUUGUCGUCUUACGCCCUCACAAUGUUGUUGAUCGUCUUUCUUCAGGACGUCACUAGCCCAACAAUCCUUCCUCGACUUCAACAAAGCCCACUUGCGACUCUACACAUCAUCGAUGGCUACGACUGCUCAUUCGACUCCCAAACCAUCUACACCAACUAUGGCGCCGACAACACACGUUCUGUAGGACAGCUGUUGAUCGACUUUUUUUAUUUUUACGGAUACAUCUUUGACUAUGCCAGUCAGGAGGUGCACCCGUCGCUUGGCAUGAUCCAGAAUCGCAGCAUUACCCCACCAGCACGCAGUCGGAUGGACAGACGACCCAAGGAUUGGCCUAUUUGUAUUCUGGAUCCCUUUAUUACGGACAGAAACGUGGCGGGUAAUUGCGGCAAGGAGAACGUGGCGAGGAUCCAGACUUGUUUCCAGUCCGCGUAUCACGCCCUUCAGGAGAACGACAUCAACAAAGCGUUUUGCGUGUGA